CCUUUGGGAUGUGGUGGAACGGGAGAUUCGCAUCAUGGAUGUGCAGCCGACAAAUCUGCAGCAACUGCGUGAUGCUAUCAUGUCAUUAUGGACCAAAAUGUCUGAGGAAUGUUUACAACACCUUGUUGAAUCUAUGCCAGGAAGAAUUAAGGCAGUUCUGAAGGCAAAAGGGGGUCCAAUCUGGUACUAGCAAGGUGUACCUAAUAAAGUGGCCGGUUAAAGAAGGAUAUUGCUGUCUACUCAUCAUGUGCUAUUUUGCACAAACAAUGUCAAUCUUACAUGAUGAUGUGGUAACUGAAAAGAAGAAAUAUGUGAAACUUGAGGAAAGUAUCACAUUAAAAUGUAUCCUGAAAAAAACACAUGAAUCGCUUCAAGUGACUUGGGAAAAAAUUGUGGCCAAUAAACAUAACACAAUUGGUACAUAUCACAAUGGAAAAGUAACUAUCCAAAACAAUUACAAAAAUGUUCUCAAUAUAACUCUUUUAAGUUUAAAUCAGACUGCGAUAACUAUAUGGAAAGCAAGUAUCAAUGAUGAAGGCUGCUACCGUUGUAUUUUUAACGUUAAGAAAUUUGGUGCCAUGGAAGGAGAACCCUGUCUUUAUAUAUCUGAUGAUGUUUUAAGAGAAAAGACAGUAACGGUGAGACAUGGUAAAUCUGCAAUUUUGAAUUGUGUCCUGAGACAAAAAGACAAGGAAGUUAAGCAAGUGACAUGGCAGAAGAAGACACCAAAUGGUUAUAUUAAUCUGGCUACAUACUUUAAAACUGGAUUAAAUAUCAGUAAGGAGUAUGAGAACAUUUUAAAUAUUACCUAUCUGGAUUUAAAUCAAACCCAGAUCACUGUGUGGAAAACCAGAGUUAAAGAUGAAGGUUGCUAUAGAUGUAUUUUUAACAUUCGUGUUACCGGGUCCAGGAACGGUGAAAUAUGCCUGAAUGUCUUUGAACCUGCCAACGCAUCUUUACACGUAAAUGAAACAAAAGAUUCUCUAAAUGCAACUUGUGUUGCCACAGGAUGGCCAAAGCCAGUUAUAUCGUGGUCCGGUGUAGGAAUGGGAAACAGCAAUGACAGCAAGUUUGAAACCAUUAAUGGGCUUGUCACUGUCACAAGCUGGAUCAUUAGAAAUACACCAGAAUCACAUAUGGCUGAACAGCUGGCGUGUGUAGUUCUGCAUAUGGGAAAGGAAACCAUAUUAAGAAAAGAGAAAAAAUCUACAACCAGUCUGUAUCGAAACAUAAUUAUUGUGGUAUCUGCUUUGGCACUAGUUUGUUCCAUCGCUGCAACAGUGGUGUGUUGUCGUGCAAAGAAAAGGAGAAAGUAUUUUUGAGAUACCAUGUGAUCUGUUUGAAGAUGGGGCAGCUAUGACGCACAGAUUAAGUGUCUGAGCAAAAGGGACACAUUUCAUUAUCUACAGUAACAUUUGUGUUUUAUUGUUGUAUUUUUUCAUGUUACAAAUGUUUUUAUUUUAUACUUGUAAAGUUAAAGUAACUGUUCCCCUAUUUAUUUUAAUAUUGAAAUCUCAUUGUUUAAAAUAAAAAAAAGAAGUUUGAUACUCA